AUGAAUGCUAGCGUCUGCUCUGCAGCAAGCUGGCGGCUCCUCGCUAAAGCAGACACGGGCCUGCAGAACAAGACAUUCCACUGUGAGACCUGCGACGUGCACGUCAACUCAGAGACGCAGCUCAAGCAGCACAUCAGCAGCAGACGCCAUAAAGACAGAGCUGCAGGGAAACCAGCUAAACCCAAGUACAGUCCUUACACCAAAACCCAAAGAGGAGCCACCAAACACACGGUGAAGAUGUCAGCCGGUAAAGACCUGUGUCCGCCGCUGACCACCAGGAUAUUACCGUCUCACCUGGCAGCUGUCGCCGCCGCAGCCGCCGCCGUUGGCUCCGCCUUCCCGCUGCGCGUGCCUGCCAUAACCCCGCGCCUCUUCAGACUCAGUCCCUCCCCACCACGCUGCUCCGCCCUGCACCGGGGCCAAUCAGGACUGCUCACACGCCUGUACUGUUUGCCCCUUAUUGACCUUUGA